AGAAUAUUGAAUACACCAUGGACUGCCAGAAGAACCAACAAAUUUUUCUUGUUAUCACUUAACAUGGAAGAAGAUGAGUUCUUUGGUGAAAAAACAUUCCAGCAUUAUUGUGCAGAAUUCAUUAAACAUUCACAGCAGAUAGGUGAUGGUUGGGAAUGGAAAAUUUCAAAGGACUGUUCUGAUGGCUACAUGUGCAAAACGCAUUUUCAAAUUAAAAGUGGGACUGUGGUGUCACAUCCAGGAACAUCUGCUUAUGUACAGACAUGCCUUCCUACAGAGGAGGCUUUAGAGCUACCCCUCGAUGAUUUUGAAGUGCCUGAGACUGCAGUGGCAUCGGAAGUGAUUAAAUAUGAGUAUCAUGUCUUAUAUUCCUGUAGCUACCAAGUGCCUGUGCUUUACUUCAGGGCAAGCUUUUUAGAUGGAAGACCUUUAACUCUGAAGGACGUAUGGGAAGGAGUCCAUGAAUGCUACAAGACGCGGCUUCUGCAGGGACCAUGGGACACCAUCACCCAACAAGAACAUCCAGUACUUGGGCAACCCUUUUUUGUACUUCAUCCCUGCAAGACGAAUGAAUUCAUGACUCCUGUAUUAAAGAAUUCCCGAAAAAUCAAUAGGAACGUCAACUACAUCACAUCAUGGCUGAGCAUUGUAGGGCCAGUUGUUGGGCUGAAUCUACCUCUGAGUUAUGCUAACGCCACCUCUCAGGAUGAAAGAAAUGUUGAUUGACAAGGAGCAAAUGUCUGAUAGCAGCUGAGAUACUGAAUGCUUCCAAGAAACACCUCAAAGACACAAAUCACUAUAAGUAGCAAAAAUGAAUCUCACUCAGUAAUACCAGAAAUACUGACAUUAUUAGAGCAAAACACUUCACAUCCCUUCUUCUGAUAUGGGGAUUGAUUGAGAAAUGGAUUUGUAUGUUCAUUUUAUUGUAAUAUAAAAGAAAAGUAAAAUACAAUAUUUAUAUGUUCCUAAAAACUAAUGUCUUAAUCAUGGACUGUCUUAUUCUCCUGCAGUCAACCAUAAGAACGAUAGAUGGUAGCAUUAUUUCUUUUUCACUCCAAAAGGGAUAGGGUGUGUUUGUGUGUAUAUUUAGACAUAGAGUAAAUAAGAAAACAUAAUAUUUUAUUAUAAGUGAGAUAAUGAGUUUUUACAAGCAAAAUAUGGCAUAUUAAUUAGAAGUUUAAAAAAUCUGUAGGAAAUAUUUAAAAUCUUUCCCUAUAAUUUUGUCCCUUUAGUUGUCGAACCCACAACCACUCUGCUCUACUAUUUUAGUGACUAGAGCAAGUCUUCCUGUUUCUGAGACUUAUUUUCUUCAUCUUUAACAUGAGAAUAGCAAGUACCUCGUAGGGUUGUUUUGAGACUCAUCAAAUCAAACCCGUUGCUGCUGAGUCGAUUCCGACCCCGAGCCGAUUCCAACUCAUAGCGACCCUAUAGAACAGAGUGGAACUGCCCUACGGGGUUUCCAGUGCUGUAAUCUUUAUGCAAGCAGACUGCUACAUCUUUCUCCCAUGGAGCAGCUGUUGGGUUCAGACCUUUAGUUUAGCAGCCAAGUGCUUAACCUCUGCACCACCGGGGCUUCUUGUGAGACUCAUAUGAGAUCAUUAAUGCAUGAGAAAAUAUCAUGAAGUAUUGUACAAAUUUUCAUUAAAUGCUCAACUUUCUUAUAUUCAAUAUUCAUUCAGUCAGUCUGUAAAUAAGUUGCAAAUGGUUUGGACUCAACUGCUAACCUAAAGUUUGGUGGUUUGAACCCACCCAGCAGCUCUGCAAAAGAAAAAGGCCUGGCAAUCUGCAUUCAUUAAGAUCACAGACAAGAAAAUCCUAUGGAGUAGUUCUA